AUGGAUUCCUCAGCUCUCCCCCAGGAGAUUUUUCUAUUAUUAUGCGAAGAACUUGCCGCGCGUCGUGACUUUAGGACUCUAUUCAAUUGCGCCCUCGUUAGCCGACGAAUUGCCAGCAUUGCAUUGGAGCAGAUAUAUCGUAUCCAAGAAUAUUCUCCCGUGAGCACGGGUUAUCCUGUCUACAUGUCAGAAUGCUUGCAAUUAUGGAGGUCCAUAAUCCUCUCAAGUAUUAAAAAGACUGUGUAUCCGUAUUGUAUCUAUGUUCGCUCUUUGUCGUUCGGUAACCUCGAAGACUGCCUUCAAGAUAUUGACCGAGACAAUCAUGCUCGAGAUAUGUUCCUCGAAGGCCCAAUGGAGCAGUUUCUUGUCCUGCAAAAAGGACAAGGCCUGUAUGCGGAAGCUGAAGACGCUAGGCCGCCAUCUAUAGACAUCAAAGCUACGAUGGUUAAGUGUGCGGAUUCCAUUACAAAAUGCAUAAAGAGGCUAGCAGAUGACAUGGGAACCGCUGUAUCUUUGGCACAUCUGGAAGGCACAUCUAUUCCUUACGAUAUAUUACCAACCUGGAUAUCACGGAUUGGAACCCUUACCUCGUUGCGCAUCCGGGAUGGAUCAGUUCUCGGCGUUGAAGCAGCCAGAGCCAUUUCUGAAUAUUGUCCAUCCUUCGUCGAUUUAACCUGUUUCUACUGUAUGUCUUCAGUAGCCCCCGGCCCGUAUUAUCCUUUUAAUGAACGCCCAUCACAAAAGUGCAGCGUGCUAGUUUACGAAGAUAGUGCUAAUAAUCUCCGCAGCUUUGAAGUAAUAAGCCAGAAUUCAAUCGGGAAAAUUGCACUGACAGCACUAAAUUCCCACGCAGCAUCUCUUCGGAGUCUUGUACUUCGAAAUCUUACACCGCCGGCCAUGCAAGCUCUUAACUCGUUUCCAGCCUGUACAUCCCUAGAGAAACUUCUGAUCGAAAACGACUUGUACAACCUAGUGGACCUAUCGAAAUACCCCGAUAACAUGGUUAAUGAGGUUUCGACAUGGAUCUGCAAAUGCAAAUCUCUUCGAGAUCUAAGUUUCUCGCAUGUUAUUGGUUUUCAUCCGGUAAUCAAAGAUGUUUUAAACUCGCCCGACAUACGCCUCACGUCUUUGUCCAUAUUAUCUAUUCAUUCGGGAACGGAGCCUGAGGAUACCGCUACCUGGACUGCGCUUGGCCUUCAAGAGCAUUUGGAGUCUCUAACGCUUGGUUUACACGAUAGCGCCGCCUACUUGCUAAUGGAAGCAAAGCCACCAUUAGUAGACUCAAUUUGCCAGCUCACAAACAUGGCGUCGCUGAAUUUAAUGCAAGUACAUCUCACUAAGGAGGAAGUAGGACGCAUCGCAGCGGCAUUGCCAAAUCUAUCUGAAUUUAGCUUCAGCGGCGAGCUCUCAGAUGAUGAUGUGUUGGUUCCUUUAAGUAACAUUCCCAAGCUCAAAGUACUUUGCAUCAAUUCCAUCACUCGGUUUAGCUUCGAUGCCCUAUAUGAGUUUGGCUAUGCGCUUAUGAUUCCGGACCGAACAGGUAUCAAAGUAGAUAUCUUGAACCAGCUAAGCGAGUAUAAAUUCUCCGAAUCUGAAUACGAUCGGCUACAAAACCACUUCAUAAAACACCCCAAGGGUCGGCUUGAGAUUGUCUAUUUUAUGGAUCCAGAUGAGCUACACGAGACGGACUUUUCUGAUUUUUCCGAUUAGUAAUAGGUAUAGAACUGAACUUCUCGAGUAAUCUCAUUGUAUAGUAAACGAUUCGAUGCGGGUGUUUCAGUUCGCAAGCAGGGGAGGGGCGGGGGUUCGGUUCACUAGGUAAUAAUGGG